GCGGCAGCUGCCCACCGGCCCCAGCCCUGGCCCCGGCGCCGCUGCGGAGAACGCCCGGCCUCGACCCCGGCCCCAGCGGUAGAGGCGGUGGCGGCCGCUCCCGGCCGGCCCGAGGGACAGAGCCAGGCUCCGAGAGCCCGCGACACGCGUCCUGAGAGCUCCUGCUCUUCAGCCCGCCACGGCCGCGGCCUCGGCCUCCGCCCCCGACUCCCGAGCUCCUGCCCUAGGACCGGCUGGGCUCCCGCCCGCGUGGGACAGACAGACGGACAGCCAGCCCUGCGAGGGCGCGCGGACCGGGCGGAGGUGUUGUAGGAGGAGACGGAGGAGGGGGGCUGGGCUGGGGCUGGGGCCGCGCCGGCAAGAGAGACAUGCGAUUGGUGACCAAGCCGAGCGGACGGACAGCGCGCCCGAGAUGCAGGUGAGCGAGAGGAUGCUGGCAGGGGGUAUGAGAAGCAUGCCCAGCCCCCUCCUGGCCUGCUGGCAGCCCAUCCUCCUGCUGGUACUGGGCUCUGUGCUGUCAGGCUCUGCCACGGGCUGCCCGCCCCGCUGCGAGUGCUCAGCGCAGGACCGAGCCGUGCUCUGCCACCGCAAGCGCUUUGUGGCGGUGCCCGAGGGCAUCCCCACCGAGACUCGCCUGCUGGACCUGGGCAAAAACCGCAUCAAGACACUCAACCAGGACGAGUUUGCCAGCUUCCCGCACCUGGAGGAGCUAGAACUCAAUGAGAACAUCGUGAGCGCCGUGGAGCCGGGCGCCUUCAACAACCUCUUCAACCUGCGGACGCUGGGGCUGCGCAGCAACCGCCUGAAGCUCAUCCCGCUGGGCGUCUUCACCGGCCUCAGCAACUUGACCAAGCUGGACAUCAGUGAGAACAAGAUCGUCAUCCUGCUAGACUACAUGUUCCAAGACCUAUACAACCUCAAGUCGCUGGAGGUCGGCGACAAUGACCUCGUCUACAUCUCCCACCGAGCCUUCAGCGGCCUCAACAGCCUGGAACAGCUGACGCUGGAGAAAUGCAAUCUGACCUCCAUCCCCACCGAGGCACUCUCCCACCUGCAUGGCCUCAUCGUCCUGCGGCUACGACAUCUCAACAUCAAUGCCAUCAGGGACUACUCCUUCAAGAGGCUGUACCGACUCAAGGUCUUAGAGAUCCACUGGCCCUACCUGGACACCAUGACCCCCAACUGCCUCUACGGCCUCAACCUGACAUCCCUGUCCAUCACGCACUGCAACCUGACAGCCGUGCCCUAUCUGGCAGUGCGCCACCUGGUCUAUCUCCGGUUCCUCAAUCUUUCCUACAACCCCAUCGGUACAAUCGAGGGCUCCAUGCUGCAUGAGCUGCUGCGGUUGCAGGAGAUCCAGUUGGUGGGCGGGCAGCUGGCCGUGGUGGAGCCCUAUGCCUUUCGUGGGCUCAACUACCUGCGCGUGCUCAAUGUCUCUGGCAACCAGCUGACCACCCUGGAGGAGUCAGUCUUCCACUCGGUGGGCAACCUGGAGACGCUCAUCCUGGACUCCAACCCGCUAGCCUGUGACUGCCGCCUGCUGUGGGUGUUCCGGCGCCGCUGGCGGCUCAACUUCAACAGGCAGCAGCCUACCUGCGCCACACCUGAGUUCGUCCAGGGCAAGGAGUUCAAGGACUUCCCGGAUGUGCUCCUACCCAACUACUUCACCUGCCGCCGGGCCCACAUCCGGGACCGCAAGGCACAACAGGUGUUUGUGGAUGAGGGCCACACGGUGCAGUUUGUGUGCCGGGCAGAUGGCGACCCUCCACCAGCUAUCCUUUGGCUCUCACCCCGCAAGCACUUGGUCUCGGCCAAGAGCAACGGGCGGCUCACAGUCUUCCCUGAUGGCACGCUGGAGGUGCGCUACGCCCAGGUACAGGACAACGGCACGUACCUGUGCAUCGCAGCCAACGCUGGCGGCAACGACUCCAUGCCCGCCCACUUGCAUGUGCGCAGCUACUCGCCUGACUGGCCCCAUCAACCCAACAAGACCUUCGCCUUCAUCUCCAACCAGCCAGGCGAGGGAGAGGCCAACAGCACCCGCGCCACUGUGCCUUUCCCCUUCGACAUCAAGACACUCAUCAUCGCCACCACCAUGGGCUUCAUCUCCUUCCUGGGCGUUGUCCUUUUCUGCCUGGUGCUGCUGUUUCUAUGGAGCCGGGGCAAAGGGAACACAAAGCACAACAUCGAAAUUGAGUAUGUGCCCCGGAAAUCGGACGCAGGCAUCAGUUCAGCUGACGCACCCCGCAAGUUCAACAUGAAGAUGAUAUGAGGACGGGGCAGGGUGGGGGCGCAGGGACCCCCCCCCCCCACCUCUGGGGGAGCACUGGGCAGGGAAGGUGCCUGGCUGCUGCUCACUCACUCCCAGGCCUCCCCACCUCCUCCCUGCCCUCCUCACACACUCUCCCCCUCCUCCCCACGCGCCCCUGCUGCCCCGCCAGCCUGGCCCUCACCACCUGCCCUCCUUCUACCAGGAUUUCAGAAGGCCAGGCCUGAGGACCCCACCUGCACAGGGGCCAGAGUUGACAGACGAAUCCAAAGCCAACGAACCGACACGCGGCAGAGUCAAUAAUUCAAUUUAAAAAAAAAAAAGUUACAAACUUCCUCUGUAACUUGGGUUUCAAUAAUU